GAUUGCGUAAACGUCAACUUAAUGAGAAAGACUUCUAGAAUGUAGUUCAGUGUAUUGAUUUUUCAGGAUCUAAAUGCAAUAUUUUUCUGAUUAUGAAAUAAUGUGUUAAAAAUAAGCGAUUCUAGUUCAAAGUUCGACUGAGACUCCUCUUAAAAAUGUCAUUUUUUCAAAGCAAAUUGGUGAUCGCCGCUAGCGUGGGCGCAACUCUCACGGGAGGCGCAGUUUUACUCAAAGAUUAUAUGCAAGGUGCACGCUUUGAGCGGAAGGAUGUUCGGGCGGAUGGAAAGGUGGCUAUCGUUACUGGUUCCAAUACGGGCAUUGGGAAGGAAACCGCCAUGGGGUUGGCGAGGCGCGGUGCUUCCGUCUACAUGGCUUGUAGGGAUUUGAAAAAGUGCGAGGAGGCUCGGGAGGACAUAGUGCUGGAAACUAGAAACCCGAAUGUGUACUGCCGUGAAUGCGAUCUGGCCUCGCUGCAGUCGGUGAGAAAGUUUGUGCAGCAGUUUAAGACCGAACGAACUCGGCUGGACAUCCUGGUCAACAAUGCGGGCGUCAUGCGCUGCCCUCGGACGCUCACAAAAGAAGGAAUGGAACUGCAGCUGGGCGUGAACCAUAUGUCACACUUCCUGUUAACGAAUUUACUGCUCGAUACGCUCAAACAGUCAGCUCCCAGCCGAAUAGUGGUCGUGUCCAGUCUGGCGCACACUCGUGGAACAAUCAACGUGAAAGAUUUGAACAGUGAGAAAAACUACGAUCCCGCUACUGCCUACGAGCAGAGCAAGCUGGCAAAUGUGCUUUUCACCAGGGAGCUUGCCAAACGUUUGGAGGGGACGGGAGUCACCGUCAAUGCGCUGCAUCCCGGUGUUGUGGAUACGGAACUGAUGCGACACAUGGGUUUAUUCAACAUUUGGUUCUCGAGUAUCCUCAUCAAACCCUUUGUGUGGCCGUUCCUGAAAUCACCAAUUUACGGCGCGCAAACCUCUCUGUAUGCGGCUCUAGAUCCAGAUUUGGAAAAAGUGUCCGGUCAGUAUUUCAGCGAUUGUGCCCCGAAGGACGUCGCUGAGCAAGCCAAGGAUGAACGGUUGGCCAAGUGGCUGUGGGCUACGAGCGAGAAGUGGACUGGCACACUGACAGGAUCGGCUGCCGUUUCCUGACAGCGGAUUAUCCGGCGAAACAACAGCAAAGACAUCAUAAUUUUUAGCGAACCAAAUCUGCAGAAAUGAAAUCGAAACAGCAUUUUAUUUGUAACCGUCUCGAGUGGGUGGUUAAUUUGGCGGUGAUCAUUAGUCCGGAUGAGCGGACAAAUUAAAAACCUAGAACAUAUACAAAUAUGGUCGUCGUUGGGGACUUGCUUGUGUCCCCACAGUAGUAGCUAGAACCGUAGUGGCGUAGUAGCUUUCGUAUCAUUUAACCACAUUUUAGGUAACGAGUAGAAGGCGUCAAUAAGAAUGCGCUGCUUAAUUUGCAACGCAAAUCAGGCUCUUUUUCGAGGCGCGUUGAAUGAUGGCUAGAAAAUCGUCCGUUGGCAGUUGGCGCGCAAAAUCACACCGGAUUAUUCUAGUUUAGCAUGCGCUUGAGUGGUUUGAUACGAAUAGAAAGAAAGAAUUAGGAAAUUAAACGAUUCACGGUGACAGUUUGAAUUUGGUUCAAUAAAAAAUGAUUAAUGGGCCUCGUAAUGCUCAUACAAGUUGAUGUUUAUUCUGGAAAA